AUGCUGAUGGCGGGCCAUGCACAGCGCCUGCAGGGCAAAGUUGCGAUUGUCACAGGGGGUGGCAAGGGGAUCGGCCUGGCAUGCGCCAGCUGCCUGGGCCACGAGGGCAGCAAAAUUGUGGUGGCUGACGUCGAUGACACCGCUGCCAGCAGGCAUGCACCCUCUCAUCAUCUGUUGCAGGAGGGGAUCACUGCGUGCGCUGCCAGGUGUGACGUCACCAAGAAGACCGAGGUGGACCGACUGGUCGCCUACACAGUGCAGCAGUACGGCGGAUUGGACAUCCUUGUUGCCAAUGCAGGCACGCCCCUCCCCUUCCACUUUUUGAUGUGCAUCGUAAAGAGCGCCGACUUCCUGGACAUGUCCGAGUCAGACUUUGACGACGUCAUCAACGUCAACUUAAAGGGGGUCUUCCUGUGCGGCCAGGCGGCUGCUCGCCAGAUGGUGGCGCAGAACAAAAUAACUCCAGGACGCGGCGGGGCCAUCAUCAACAUGUCAUCGGUGAACGCUGUGAUGGCAAUCCCAUCCAUUGCAGCCUACAACGCCUCCAAGGGCGGCGUCAAUAACCUCACCAGGCAAGGCCUUCCGUGCAUGGCACUGGCGCUGGCCCAACACAAGAUCCGAGUGAACGCCAUCGGCCCUGGCAGCAUCAUGACUGAGGUGCUCACCAGCGUGGUCGGUGACAAGGUCGCCAUGAACAGGGUGCUGUCGAGGACCCCCAUGAAUCGCAUCGGGGACCCCUAUGAGGUUGGCCAGAUCGCGGCGUUCCUUGCCUCCGAGGGAGCCUCCUAUGUGACCGGGCAGGUGCUGUACGCAGACGGAGGCCGCAUGGCACUCAAUUACACAUGCCCUGUGCCGGGAGGAGAGACGCCUGAAGCGUCCUGA